CACACACAGCCGAUACGCCACCUACUGCAAACCCAAGCUGACAGUCAGAGCAAUGCGAGCAGCAUUUCCAUUCCAACAUCGAGCUGGAGCUGAAUAAAGGUGCUUUUUAAUAAGAAACAUCCUCUUUGCAAGCUGACAAGAGCAAAGCAGGAUAGCUGUAUUGUUGUCCUAGCUUCAAUAAUGGAGAGAAAAGGAAGCAGGAGAGAAAAUGAAUGUGAAGAAAAAAGCAGCUCGGAAAGCUCUGAGCUAGACAAGGACUAUAAAACGUCUCUGAUCACUCUGAAUGUCGGUGGUUAUCUAUACAUCACACAAAAACAGACACUAACCAAGUAUCCAGAUUCUUUCCUGGAGGGGAUCAUAAAUGGAAGAAUAAUGUGCCCAUUUGAUGCAGAUGGUCAUUACUUCAUAGACAGAGAUGGACUCCUUUUUAGACACAUCCUCAACUUCCUACGGAACGGAGAACUUCUUCUACCAGAGGGGUUUCGAGAAAAUCAACUUUUGGCACAAGAAGCCGAAUAUUUCCAGCUUAAGGUACUCUCAGAGGCAGUGAAAUCAAGGUGGGAGAAGGAACAGCUAGCAUCCCGAGAGACUACUUUCCUGGAAAUAACUGACAGCCACGACCGUUCACAAGGACUUAGAAUCUUUUGUAAUGCUCCUGAAUUCAUUGCAAAAAUAAAAUCCAGAAUUGUACUGGUGUCCAAAAGCAGGCUGGAUGGAUUUCCAGAGGAGUUUUCAGUAUCUUCAAAUAUUAUUCAAUUCAAGUACUUCAUAAAGUCUGAAAACGGUACACGAUUGGUACUGAAGGAGGACAAUACCUUUGUCUGCACCCUGGAAACUCUUAAAUUUGAGGCUAUAAUGACGGCUUUAAAAUGUGGAUUUAGACUGCUGACCAGUCUGGACUGUUCAAGAGGGUCGAUUGUUCACAGUGAUGCACUGCAUUUUAUCAAGUAAUCACAAAGGCAAAGGCAACGAGCACGCAGCCAGCAAAGCUCCCUGAGCUGCAGCCUCCUGGCAUCACAAAUAAUGCAUCUAACUAGCCCUGUACCACAGAGCUCAGCUGCUAAUCAACUGAUGUGAGCUAAUGGUAUGUAAAUCUCAUAAUGACAUCUAUCUCUGGCUUACUUAAGCUGAAUGAAAAUUUUAUGCCUGAAUUUAACAAGAAUUAUCUGCUAACAUUGUAAACAGAUGGAAUGCUUUAUGCUCUUUGUAAUAUGUUUUCUCAAUGCUGUCUUUCAACCAGAGAGUCUAGCUGAAUUUUUGUGUACCUGUGUGAUGAAUGUGCAUAUACCUAACUGCUCUGUUGAAAAGCAGUGAGAGUGUUUUCAGAUAAUAAGCAGGCUUAAAGAAUGUUUUGCUUAUAAGACAUUAAGAAUGGAUUUUAACUGGAAUAAAUGAUUUUGACUGUUCAUUAGUGUUUAUGGUAAUCUAUUGUACUGAAUUUCCAAAAAACAAGAUUGCAAGAGAAUUAAAAAAAAAACCAAAUUAAUUUUUAAGUUAAAUGGUUUCUCAACUCACUUAACUCCAAAUAUAUACCAUAUUGCUACACUAAUGCUGCCAGAAACAUGUAAACCAACAAAAUAAUGCUGGUGGAGAUUAAUUUUAUUAUAGGAAUUGGGUCCAAUCUGCACAGAAUGUUAAAUUUUCUAAUCAUACAUCAUAUCAAAUAGCUAACAAAAGUAUUUGACAUUAAGUUUAGUGUAACUUCUAGUAUUGGCAUCCAACAAUGCCACAGUCAGUAUUUCCUAGCAAUAAUUUGUGCUCAUAAGGACAGGCAAUGAACAGAGCCCUUGCUUUGCACAGUGGCUCACUAAAUGCAAUGAGUACUACCAGUUCUGAACAGACCACCUGCUGGCAUUAAAGACAAUUCACUCUAAGUAACGAAAUAAAUACCUUCAUUCUCCUCAUCUCCACUAUUUAUAAAAUCUUUUAACUGAUAUUUUAAACAAAGUUUUAAUAGUUUCUAUAUAACAACUGUAACUAAUUUAAACACAAGUACUACAAACCAGCAAUUUCACAAAAGCAAGCUGAAAAAUCAUCACAAAAGGCAAGGAGAAACAGCACUAACUCUAAGUGUUGUUUGUCAUUGAAACCAAUCAUCAUUCACAGCUUAUACGAACCCAAAAUUCAAGUAAAAUGCUUAUAAAGAAAGGAAAAAAAAACCAACUAAGUAGUCUCCCAAAACAUUGAUUUUAUACAGGAAAAAAACAAUGUCAACAAAAGGCAGUACAAUCCAUACUAGAAGUGACAACCAAGGAAAACAGCUAACAGAAGACAGGCUGAGAACAGCUGUGGUUUGGAUUUUAGGGGGAACAAAUCAAUCCUAAGUAUGAAGGACUGAGAAUACAAAUGCAAGGUCCACUUAUCCCUCAACAUGAAACUCUUUUUCACUUUUAACACACAACAGGUGUUGUUAACUAGGUCCCUGGCUAGAGAUGAAUUAAUACAGUGAUGCUACUCAUCUCCAGACCAGGGAGCAGUGACUGAAACAUAUUCCAAUAUGAUUUUAUCAAAUGGGGGAAUUCAACCUCUCCAGCAUACUCCAUCACAAUAAAUACACUGUCUAGAAAUUAUGAUGAUUUCUAUCUAGUCCUCCUGUUACAGACUUACAGUUCACAAAAAAUGUGGUUCUAUAAAAAAUAUGGUUCUAAGUGGAACUUUUCCAGACUCUAAUGUUUAAAAAUCAGAUUACUUUACAUUUCAGGCAUAGAAGCUGAAGAACUGUCCAUGUAUCCCAAAACUUCUCUGAAUUUGUCCAAAUGCAUUAAUUAUAUACACACAAAAGAUACACAGUAAAAUACUAUUGUUUACAUGUGCCACCAGCAUGUGUCAUCUUCCUUCCUCCCCCUCCAAGCUAUUUUCAAAUUGAGAUAUUAAAAAAAUCCUCAUUAACCACUACUCUUGUACUUGUAGGACUUCUGUGAAAAGCAAAUGUGAAAGCUUCCCUAAGAGAAAUACAAAAUUCUGUUGAUUUUUUAGGACAAGAACUAUAAACACAAUCACACAGAACAAUUACAUGAAAUGCCCUUUGUAGAUACAAUUCUCUACAUGAGCAAGAUAAAGUGGCAAGACAACCUAAAAAAGCUCCAUAAUGAAUCCACAAGUUUUAAAGCAGCAUGCUCGCAGUGCUGUCAAACACACAGCCUGCAUCAGCACAAAGUCUGGAGGAGGCUGUUGCUCCUGGGAUGUCAAUCCAUUUGCACUUAAACACUUUUGAUUAUAACCUUCAUUUGUCCUGGGUCUUUGACUAAAAUUUAAAAUGUAAUUGCAGCUGAAGAGAAGGAAGGUGAAAACCAAUUUUUAUUUCAAACAAUUAGUAUGUGUUAAUUAAAAUAUGUUGUGGAUGCUCGCCUUUCAGUUAAGUUCUUAGGAGGGCAAACACCAAGAAAUCAAUUGUUAGCACUCCCCUAUCAGAAGGCAGCACCAGUUUUUUAUUAGAGCAUGACUUGUGCUCAUGAAAAAUCAGUAGACAAUUUGAUGGGUCUGCAUUUAUUGUAGAAAAUAUUUUCAGAAUAUAAGUUAUUUAUAAGCUGAUAAUCAUAGGUAACAUGGAAACCAUCUGAAACAUCUAAGAAUAUUGUAUAGCUAUUCACAAAAUAUUUAUUUGCCGGGCUUUUGGUUCAGAGUAUCUACUGCCCUCUCAACCUAUGAAAGAAAACUUUGAAAAAAAAAGGUUUUUUUAAAUGAAAAAUGUACUUCUCUAAUCAUCAUUAAAAUAAAUACCUGUGUUGUUUGCUUGGUUUAUUGCA